AUGUGGGACUUUGGUGGCCAGUACAUCUUUUAUGCAACGCAUACUUUGUUUCACAGCAGAAAGGCUUUGUAUCUUCUUGUAGUUGAUUUAUCAUCCCCUCUUGAUAAAAUUGUCAUUGAUAAUGAAUUUCCCGCCGAAAGCGGCGAAAAAAACAUGGAAUAUUUCAUAAAGUUUUGGAUUGAAUCAAUUCAUGCUUUUGUUGGACCUGGACCUCCAGUUAUUCUUGUCGGGACACAUAAAGAUAAAAUUCAAGGCACUGAGGAGGCGAAACAACAGUACUUCGACCAGAUAAGAAGAAUUUUCGAGGACACAGACAUGAUUGACCAUAUUCGACCUGAAGACUUUGCUGUUGAUAAUCACGAUUUUUAUGACACUGAGAUACCAAAUCUUCUUCAGUAUCUUAUACAGAAAGGCAGUGAACUGGUGCAAACUCUAGAAAUCCCUGCUCGGUGGAUACAACUCGAAAAGGCAUUAAACCAACACAGGCACAAAAAUGUUAUCACUUUCCAGGACAUUAUGAAAAUUGAUGCCGAUAAUGAGUAUCCCUUGAAAGAAGAACAACAAGUGAAGCUUUUUCUGCAAUAUCAUCACGAGAAAGGAACAUUAUUCUAUUUUGACGAAGAACCGAUGUCAGAGCAUGUCGUCCUAGAUCCUGGCUUUCUGGUAGAUGCGUUCAAAUGUAUCAUCACACCCGAGCGAUUUCGCCUGAACGACAUUUCCAUACGUCCUUUCUGGUGUAGCCUGAAAAAAGAAGCUAAGCUGUCUGAUGAGUUGAUAAACAAGGUUUGGAGUCAUUAUAACGAAGACUUCAUGAAACACAAGAUGGUCCUACUAGGUUAUCUCAAGAAGCAUUUCAUAAUAUCACAGGUAGUAGAAUAUGACAUGACAAGAGGAACUUAUAAAGAGCAAGACUGGUACAUUGUUCCAAGUCUUCUUAAAGACAAUUGUAAAAUGAAAGUAAUGGAAGAUUUUCUUACAGAAAAGCCGCGAACAAUGGUUCGAUAUUUUAUGCAUUUUGAACAGACAUCAAUUGUACAAAUGCUUUUCCACAGACUGAUAAGUGCGGCACUUGGAAAAUGGGCAAUCCUAAAGUUUGACAACAAACAGAUGUUGUUUAAAGAUCUUGCUGUUUUUAAACUCCGAGAAAGUCUUGCAGGCAUAGUAGAACUGAGAUAUUCUGGUAUAGAAUUACGGGUAGUGAGUCUGUGUAAAACCACGAUUGGUAGUCAAGUACCUGAUGGAUUUAGGCGUUUCAUUGAAGCCAUUGUUACUCAUGAAUUCAGAAAAUUAAAAUCACAGAUGGGUGACAAUGCCAAACCGUUUUCGCAAAAAUACAGGUGCAACCAUAAAAUACACGACCUACAUGGUAGCCAUGAAAUAAUGGACAUUUGUCUCCUACAAGAGAAAAUCUCCGUGUUCUGUCCAGAUAAUUAUACCCACAAGGAAGCUAGUGGUAGUGAAGCAAAGGCAGAAUGGUUUCAAGACGAAAGUAUUGCAAUUGUAUAUCCCAAAAAGAACUUGACUGAGAAACAUCUUAGUCAACUGGCUCAAGCAGCAAUUGGUAAAGGCUGGCAAUUGUUAGGAACAGAACUUGGCAUAAAUCAAGUCGAAAUAGACCAUAUCACGGAAGAGAAUUCUCAGGUUGCCAUGAUGAUAUUUCAAAUGCUCCUAAAAUGGAAAGCAAAUUCCGAAGACAAUGCGACAUUAGACGUUCUAGUUGACUCAGUUAAAAAAUGUCCAUCGGUUACAGUUGAAUGGGAUGAACUUCGAAACAUCAAAGACGAACACACUGGAAUAUUGAUGAACGAGCAUUCAGUGUUUAGUCAACCUUUACAGGACCUUGCUGUCAAAAAAAAAUGAUAAUAUGUUCUUGGAAUGUAAGAUUUCAAAACCAGAUGUUCAAGUAAUAUGGCUAAAAGAUAAUGAAGAAAUUUACACAGAGGUGCGUCGAAGGAAGUGCGUGGAAAAACAUGUACACCGAUUGAUUGUUGAAGAUGUUACCAACACAGAUACCGGUGUAUACAAAUGUGUCUUUGAAGACUCUUGUACAACAUGUACUGUCACAGUCGA